GCUGAACUAUCAUGGGCACAUAACUCUCGAUCCAUGACCGGCAUCGGCAGAAAUUUUCAAGAUCGCAUUAAAAAAAUAUAUUAAUAUUACGAAAAAUAAGAACUUUAAGGAUGGCGACUUCUUCGGGUGCGCCAUCAACUAGUGGUAGUAGCAACUCUUCAACACAGGAAUAUACUGUACGAAUUCCAAAAGAUAAACUGAAGAAUUUUAGUAUGAUGAAAUUUGGAACUAGUGGUGAUUUAGAUUUUGCCAAAUUAGGAAGUAGUUCAGUUUCAAUUGCUAGAGAAAAUAAUCUAAGAGAAUUUAAAACAGCUAAUGAUAUUGAUAUGUUGCCUAAAUUUGGGGCUGGAAGUGAAUUUGGAAGAGAGCAAAAGGAAGAGGCAAGAAGGAAAAAAUAUGGACGUAUGGCAAGGAAGUAUAAUCCUGACGACCAACCUUGGAUGAUGAAAAUUGGAUCAGAUAAAAAGGCAAAACGAUAUAAAGGAGUAAGAGAAGGUACCAUUACAGAAAAUACAUCAUAUUAUAUAUUUACUCAAUGUGCUGAUGGUGCAUUUGAAGCCUAUCCUGUGGAUGAAUGGUACAACUUUACACCAGUCAUAAGAUAUAAAUAUCUUAAUUCAGAGGAAGCAGAGGAACAUUUUAACAGGAGAGAUAAAACAUUGAAUUAUUUUAAUAUUAUGGUGAAGAAACGUAUGAAGGUAGACGAUGGUACAGAAGAACAAGAGGAAGAAAAAACUACUGAUAAAAAAAAGAAAAAAAAGAAAGAUUUUAUGUUAACAGAUCAUGAUGAUUAUAAAGAACGUUCAGAAGAUGAAGAAGGAGAUGAUGAAGAUGAUGAAGAAGAAGGAGAAAAUGGAGAAAAGAAAGCUAAAGCUAAGACAGGAAAGAAAAAGAAAGGUCCUGCGAAAAGAAAGAAAAAUGCUAAGAUAAAUUCUGAUGAUGAAGCUGUAGAGGAGAGUGAUGAGGGUGAUUAUGAUGAUAGAGAAGUUGAUUAUAUGUCAGAUACUAGUAGUAAUAUGUCUGAGAUAGAAGAGGUAGAUAAAGAGAAAGACACAAAAGAUGAAGAAAAGGGCGUUGCGGAAGAAGAUGGCCUUCGAGUAUUGAUAGAUUCAGAAGCUGAAGAAGAAGAAGAAGAAACAGAACAGAAGGACGAAAAUACACAAGAUCUAGAAAAAGCUCUAAAAGGAAAAAAAGAUGAUGAAAGUGAAAGUAGUAGUUCUAGUUCGGCAAGUGAUUCUGAUAUAGAAAAAGAUGAAUCUAUUAGCUCAGCAUUAUUUAUGACUAAAAGUUCAGAUAAAAAGAAAUCUGACAAUCGUCCAGCCACACCUAAUAAUGAUGAAAGAGGUACAAAGAGAAAAUUGGAUCCUGAAUCAGCAUCUGGUAAGAAAGCUAGAACAAACAGUCCAGUACCUACUACGUCAUCAUCUGCUACAUCUUCCUCAUCAAAUACAGCUUCUAGCAGCAGUGAAGGAAUAACAGAGGAAGCCAUUAGAAGAUAUUUAAUGCGUAAACCAAUGACAACAAAAGAUUUAUUAACAAAGUUCCGUUCCAAAAAACUGAAUAUGAACAGUGAACAAAUGACUCACACAGUAGCUCAGUUACUAAAGAAAAUAAACCCUGAAAAAAGAACAGUUAAUAAAGUGUUAUAUUUAUCACUGAAAAAGACAGAUUGAUUCGAUGGUGAUUAGGAAUGUAAAUAUUUGUUUUAUAUUAUCAAAAAAAAAAUAAAUAAAGAGCUGUUGUGUAUGGAAGAGAUAUAAGUCUUCAAAUUAAGGAAACGGUGGCAAAAAAAGACGAAUGAAGUACCUGUCUAUAAAUAGAUCCAUAAUUCUCAAGACUAAUUGGCUUAAUAAAGCCUUAAUGUGGGAGAUAGUCAGUGAUCAUUUAUGGGAUACAAUAACUAGAAUACAUUUUCUAUGAGGAACAUCUCCAGCUUAGGCUCAGCAGAGAUCAGGGCCCUUAUUCACGAAAACUUAAACUAAGAUACAAUCGAAAUUUUAAGAUAUACUGCAAUUCGAUUGGUUGACCAGUAAAAUCAAUUUGCAUAUAUCCAAUUUGCAUAUUGGUCAGUCAAUCGAAUUGCAGUAUUUCUUAAAAUUUCGAUUGUAUCUUAGUUUAAGUUUUGUUGAAUAAGGGCCCAGGAAUUUGAUUAGUCGAGAUUUAAGGACACAAUAACUCUGCUUCUAUUUGAUGCAGAUUCUUCAAAUUUGGUGUGGAAUAGUUGAUGGUCAAUAAUCAUUUUCCUUAAGUGGUGGACACACUAGCCGACUGAUUCGGCCGAAUCAAUCGGUGUCGAAAUUCGCCAAGUGUGUCCACUGUCAUUCGGCUAAAUGAUUCGCCCAAAUCAAACAAGUUUGAUUUAUUUUCCUCACAUGUCCACUUUGCCGAUGCAUUCGCCCGUUUGUAGAAUUCAUUAGCCAAUCACCACUCAUCAUCCAAUCAUAUCGAGAAGUCAUAUGAUUGUUUGAAGACAUGGUCGUCGCUAUGUUUAAUCAUGUGAUGUGAAAGGUGAUGCAAACGUCUGGUGAAAGGAUACGCUUAGUGUGUCCACCCAUUUGGCAAAAUAAAUUGGCGCCAAAUUUUAUUCGGCUGAAUGUGUGGACACACUAGGCGAAUGAUUUGGCUAAUGUGCCUUCCGCUUUAUUUGAAAAAAGAAAUUAAAAACAAUCUAAAAAUGAAAACAAAAAUGUUAUGUUCGUGUGUAGAAAUGAAAGAUUGUUUAUAGAUAGAAAUGAAAGAUUGUUUAUAGAUAGAAAUGAAAUGAUGUUCAUAGAAAUAUUGUUAAUGUGUCGGCUAACUAUCUUAGAGAAAAAAAUGGUGGUAUAAAAUCGACGAAAAUUUAAUAAGUUUGAUAAUGACUACUUUAUAUUAUGUAAAUAAACUGAAAAUCUUUUGUCUCUUUGUCUGGAAUAUCAUGCCUUGAAAUCUAAAAUCAGUUCUAGAGGUGAGCUGUAUGAAGAGUGACUGUAGAUAGAUUAUUAAAGAUUUUACUAUUACAAUGUUUAACACAAGGAAACAAAAAAUCAAAAUAGAAUUUUAAUUCAUAGUAUGAUCUGUCCUGAUGAUGAUGUGGUUUGAUAUUUAAUCAAAAAAAAGAAACUUUUUAAGCUAUGGUGGUUGGAGAUAUUUUUCUUGUUCUUUGUUACCCUGUAAAAUUAAUUUUCUUCUAUACUUUACAUUCUUGUUUCCACUAAAAACAAACUGGUUAAAAGACUGUCUGUCUUAAUGCAAAUAAACUAUAAACAUACUUAUGGAAAACAGCUACUGAUUUAUUUAGGCGACGUGUCAAAGAGUAUACACUUAACGUUUUCAAGCUAAAACGUUGAGAGAAUACUCUUCGAAACGUGGCCUAAAUAAAUCAGUAGCUGUUUUCCAUAAGUAUGUUUAUAGUUUAUUUAUCUGCCCAGUUACUAAAUGCCACUGAAAGACUGUCUUAAUGCAAGUUAAUCACAGGCUCAGCAUCUAACUUCUAUAUCCAGUGUGUAGAACCAUGGUGGCUCAGUGAGAAAGGCAUUGUUUGGCUAACCUGGAGGUCCCAGGUUCGAUCUCAGUAUUGACGAGAAAGUUUCUUACAGUCUUCUGGCCUGGUUUCCCCAUUUCAGGACAGAGGACCUGGCAAAAUGGUAAAUCAAAACCCAUUAUAUAUUCAUAGCUAGUUAACAAAUUGUCCAAAUGUGAAAAUAUUUAUCAUGAGACUAUUUAAGAAAUUAUUUGUGUGGCUGUUUGCAAGAUGUGUGUACACAGACACACAUGAAGAGAGAACUCACUAUGUAUAUUGUACAAAUAACUUAUUUCUUUUUCAUUUGUAGAUUUUGAACAUACCUCAUGUAAUUGUACAAUAAUCUAUUGAUAUAAAUUGAAUAGUAUUUGUACAAUAAUCUAUUGAUAUAAAUUGAAUAGUAUUUGUACAAUAAUCUAUUGAUAUAAAUUGAAUAGAUGUCACUUUGUAAAAUAUAAAAAUAAAAAAAAACCUGUUCAAUAUU